AUGGUGAUUAAUAGGAUGACUGACAAAAAACAGUAUUUAGCUGAUUAUUCAUUUGAAUACUCUGUUGAUGAUGGCAAACGGUUAACUGGGUUGUUCUGGGCUGAUGGUUUAUGCAAGCUUAACUAUAUGGAAUUUGGCGAUGUGAUAUCGUUCGAUGCAACCUUCAAGACAAACAGGUACAAGAUGGUGUUUGUCCCGUUCACAGGCAUUGACAACCACUGUCGGAAUCCUAAUGUUGUAGUGACGGAUCAAGACCCUGCUAUGAAACAGGCUAUUGAGGAGGUUUUCCCUAUUAGCAGACACAUAUUGUGUAUGUGGCACAUAAUGAAAAAAGUGGCAGAUAAGGUUAGGCAUGAGUUGUGCAAUAAUGAUGAGUUUAAAAGGAGGAUGUGCGACAUUGUUUGGACUGAUUCGAUUGAGCCCGAAGAAUUCGAGAGGCAGUGGAAGUUGGUGAUGAUUGAGUUUGGUCUCACUGAAAACAAAUGGAUUGAUGAUAUGUUUGGGAUGAGAUCCAUGUGGAUUCCGGCUUUUUACCGGCAUGAGCCAAUGUCAGGUCUUAUGAGAACAACUUCAAGAUCAGAGAGUCAUGACAUUCGGACUUGCGGCGAGCUUAAAGCCAAACAACAAGGUAAACAGGGAAAAAAGAAGAUGAAGGGUGUGCAGAUUGAAGAUGGUGUGAGAGACAAAGACAAUGAGGGUGAAGACGACGAAGAGGAAGAUGACUUUGAAGAUUACGUCAGUGAUGAUGGAUCUGAAGAAGAAGAUCAGUGGGAAGAGGUGUCUGGAGAUGAAGAUGACGAGGAUGAGUAA